AUGAUUCCAAGUUUCUUUCCUGAUUCACACGAAGUGGAAUUACAUAAUGAAGAUGCAGCUUUUUUAGAUAACCUCCGUCAGGUAUUUUCAACAUCAAAAUACCAAAAUCAUGGCACCGAAUUAGAAGCUAUGAAAGCUAUACAGAUUGCUCUAAAGAUGAAAGAUUCAAUGAAACUGAAAAAGGCGAAAAGGUUAUUCGAGCACGCUUUGACAUUACAGCCUUUACAUCCAGAAGUUCUAAAUCAUUAUGCAGAAUUUCUAGAAGAAAACAAGAACGAUGUCAUUACAGCUGAUCACUUGUAUGUCAAGGUUCUGAUUUUGUGCCCCAACCACACCCGGGCUCUUGUCAAUCGAACCAGGACCAUGCCUCUUGUGGAGGCAAGGGAUCGAAAAGAACUGGAAAGAAUCGAUAAAAAAAGAACAGACUUAGUGACUUUGAAGCAUAAUCAAUCGGCUCUCAAAAGAAUUAGAAAGGAGGUUUAUUUCCUUCACAUACACCAUACUUUGGCCUUAGAAGGCAAUACCAUGUCCCUUUCUGAGACCAGAGCAGUUGUAGAGACCAAAACAACCAUUCCAGGCAAAAGCAUCAUGGAGCAUAACGAGAUUUUGGGAAUCGAGUCAGCCUUAAGGUACAUAAAUAAGACUUUAUUGAACCUAUCAGAACGAUUGACUGUCUUCGAUAUUUUAGAAAUCCAUAAAAGGGUCCUUGGUCAUGUGGAUCCCCUGUCAGCUGGUACUUUCCGUCGAAAUCAGGUCUUUGUGGGGGAUUAUGUACCACCACCUGCUUCAGAGGUCAGAUAUCUGAUGGAACGAUUCGUCGAAUGGCUCCAGUCGGAUAACAUGAAGCUGUUUCAUCCAGUGAAAAGGGCUGCUGUGGCCCAUUACAGACUCGCCCAUAUUCAUCCAUUUGUAGACGGAAACGGCAGAACUGCUCGCCUGCUCAUGAACUUGAUCCUCAUGAAAGCCGGAUAUCCUCCCGUUAUCAUAAGGAAACAAGACAGGUCGAUGUAUUACAACACCUUACAAAUGGCCAACGAAGGCGAUGUUAGGCCUUUUAUCCGCUUCAUUGCCCAUUGCACUGAGUGCACAUUGGAUGUUUUUCUCAAUGCCCAUGAAUAUGAUAGACCAUGUUUCAAAGCUCUGGAGCCCAGAACAAAUUGUUCAAAUGACGCCAUAUCGCUUUGA